CUUUAGCAUUCUCUUCAUCCUAUCCUUAAUCAAAAUUAAUCAAGAUUCACAAAUCAACAACAAUAUUCCAUGGCAUCCUCUCUCAAAAUUCUAUACCUAGCCCUCUUUCUCUCCCUCUUUGGUUUUUCCUUGGCAACGAGUCGACUCACCGAGUCGACUCAGCCUAUGACCUUCCAAUACCAUAAGGGUCCUCUCCUUAAUGGCAAAAUUCAAAUCAACCUCAUUUGGUAUGGACAGUUCAAGCCUGCCCAACGUUCCAUCCUUUCUAACUUCAUUACUUCACUUUCUUCCUCCCAAGUUGAAGCCCAACCAUCUGUUGCCACGUGGUGGGAUUCCAUUGCCAAAUAUCACCACCUUGCUAAUCCCAAGACAAAAACAACUCCUCUAUCACUCUCAUUGGGAAAACAAGUUAUAGAUGAAGCAUAUUCACUUGGCAAGUCCUUAACCAACAAACACCUUAUAGACCUUGCAUCCAAAGGUGGUCAACAAGUCAACUCCAUCAACAUAGUGUUGACUGCAUCUGACGUGGCAGUUGAUGGGUUCUGCAGGAGUCGUUGUGGGACCCAUGGAUCAUCUUACAUCUCUAAAAACACUUCUAAAAAAUUUUACAUUUGGGUAGGAAACUCGGAGUCUCUAUGCCCGGGUCAAUGCGCAUGGCCCUUCCACCAACCCAUUUACGGCCCACAAAGCCCACCAUUGGUUGCGCCCAACAAUGAUGUGGGCCUGGAUGGGAUGAUUAUUAACUUGGCAUCACUUUUGGCAGGAACUGUUACAAACCCAUUUGGAAAUGGGUAUUACCAAGGCCCAAAAGAAGCCCCACUUGAAGCAGCUUCAGCUUGUUCUGGUGUGUAUGGGAAAGGGGCUUAUCCUGGUUAUGCUGGAAACCUCUUGGUGGACUCCACUACUGGUGCUAGCUAUAAUGCUAAUGGAAUCAAUAAAAGAAAAUAUUUGCUCCCUGCUUUGUAUGAUCCUACCACUUCUUCUUGCUCAACUUUGGUGUGAAAUGUUAAGACUAUUUCAGAUGAAACAAACAUAUGACGCAUGAUAAGUUUUCUUCAAUGUAUAGAUACUACGGUACUGUUAUAGAAGUUUUGUAAUGUCGUAUAAUUAAUUUUAUUCAAUUUUGUAUAGUUGUUUUUGUCUAGAUAUAAUAAAAAGUACUACAAGUUUUACCUA